UUAUUUGUUGUGGCGCUGUCUCUACUCGUGUGUUUUCCGUCGAUAACUCUCAGAAGGGAAAGUACUGCACCUUGCGACUGCAGAGACACCAGUGGCAGCUGCUCGGAACAGGGCACAAGCAACACACAAGCGGAGGCCGUAACAUCUUGGUCGUCUGCACAGCGCAAGUUUUGCACAGGAAGCCUGGAGCUGCCCAAUGGUAGUCUUGACUUGGGUUCCUCUUGUUUGCUGAUUGUAACCACGAAAAAGAACUGUGAUUGAAAAAAGACAAGCGGAUCGGGUGAAAAAAUACGAGCAAAGGAAGACCAAACAGCCAUCCAGUUCGCCUUCGCGUCGCCAGCAAUGACACAGCAGGCGCUGGAGCUAGGGGAGGCUGGCGGCGUUGCCGCUGUCGGGCGUGACAGCCGACGGUUCAACUGCAUACUCGUUUUCUGGAUGACCUUGCUCACCAUCGGUAUGGUCGCCAACCUCAGCCUCCACUUUGUCACCCCUGGAGCUCCUGGCCCAAUACUGGGAAGGUUUGGUACCCACAUCUAUCCCAAACCAAAGGAACCAAAGAACGUUGUCUUUUUUGACUUGGUUCCUUCAACAUCUACUUCUGAAUAUGGACCUAUUUCAUGGAACAACAAGGCGCGUGACAUGGAGCGAAGUGAAAUAAUAAAUAUUACAGAUGAUGGGUUUUAUUUCCUCUAUGGACAGGUGACCCUUAUGUCUGGCAGUAAAGGCUCUAAUAGCGUGAAGAUAAUAAAGAAAAGUAAAGAAAAAAUGGAAGAAAUCGUUCUGGAGAGCUACAUUGGUGAGCAGUCAAACUCAACCGGCUUCUUUGGAAAGAUUCUGCCCUUGGAGGCUCAUACUAGCAUUAGCAUCAACUGUUCCAACCACCACCUGCUCAAAACAGACAUAAGGAAAAAUCUUUUCUCCUUCGUGGGGAUUUACAAAGUGGGUGAGCUUGCGCAGUCGAACUGACUGACCACUCCAGCCAAAGGUGGACCAAAGAAUGUAUACAGCAACCCACCAGUCAACCAAGCACCGGCACUCAAGUCAAUCAGGCAAUUGAGCCAAUGAAUGUUUUUAUUGUUAUUUUUAUAAUUGUUUUUGUUUUUGUUUGUUUGUUUGGUUAUGGGGUGUGAGUGAGGGGGGUUGCCUACAGUGGCCAGUGGGUGGAGACCCAAAUGAGCUUGCGUCACAGUUCCCCCAGCCAAUGACGUCUUUUCCUGUGGACUGUAAAAACGCAGACAUUUGUCUGUGAAGAUUCAGCUCGGAGACACUAGACCACAGUGACCGUCAAUCUGCAGAUCACAGGACCAUCAUGGUUUUGUGAUUAAUGUGCAUCUCGCCGGAUGAUAUAGACCCUUUCAAUCUGUUCCCAGAGGAUUUCUGGUUGAAGCCAAAGCAAAAACCAACACAGAGACUUUGAAAUGAAAAUUAAUCUGACGUUAGCAUAAUGUUCUACGUUGACUUUACAUGUUGACUUUAAAAUGUAUUAAUUUUUUCCACCUAUUUUUGUUUAAUCCCCAAGUUACCAUUAGCUCAGUGUUGUUGUUUCUACAGUUGAAAGGGUCUACAUUCCAAAUUAAGACUCAUGGAUCUCUCUUCUGUUCUCACACAUCUAACUGUACCACAGCAAUGUGUGACGCAAUUUGACCUUAAAAGAAAAAAAAAACUAUAUCCCCAAGAAAUGCUAUGAAAAAGCCUUUCAUUAAUCAUCAUAACUGAUGAUGUUUGAUAAAUUCCCAUAAGCUGGCACAGCAUACAUUCAAAUAAGCUGCCUCAGCAUCAUGAAGCUGUCAUAGCUUCCCUGAUCAUUAUGAUGGCUACAUGGUGCUUGUCCUGUAUGCUUGCAUGUCACAUCUAUCGUGAUAUGUUCCUAAAUUUGAUUUUCUCGAAGGGAGGCUUCAAAAAAGUAUAUAAUAUGCCUUAGACUUCAUAGGUUUAGGUUUUAUUUCAUGUAUCCUUAGUGUGAAGAUAACACUUAGUUAAGUCAGAGAGGACACUGGGCUUAGUCAUCAUGACCAUGAAUCCGAGGAAAUCGCUGACUGUAUCAUUUACGUAUACAUUAUAUCGAGGCCUCGCUUGAAACUUCACAAACGUCAAGAGCAAAUUAUGGAAAUUCACAAAUACAGACAUGCCAUUGCAUGUGUGAAGUAAAAACCGUGUUUUGAAAGUGACACUGAAAAAAGAGAAAGUGGAAAUCGAGAGAAGAAAGUGAGUUUUUACUCAUAUGCGUAUUCCAGUCUGAAGUAUAUGGACAUCUGCAUCUGAUUCUUCAUUAUGCUAUGAACUACAAUGGCCGUAUUUAUAUGAAAAAAAAAUAUUUAUUUAUUUACACAUUUUAAACGUUUUGUUUUUGUACAAGAAUACUUCACAUUUAUACUUUUGUUAUUGUAAUGCAAUGUUUAGCUUAUUCUAUGUCUUCUAUUAAAACUGCUG